GCUUUCCAGUGUCAAUAAGUCACUGCGCCUGCAAUAUUUGUGGGUAACAUAAUGGAAUGUGAUUUACACAUACAUGGAGUCAGGUGUCGGGAGCGGAUGCUAACUGGUUAUGAAUUUUGGCGCGAAACUAAUUCAUUCGGCUAAAUAUAAUUUUGACAUUGUAGCUGAUAUUAGUUCGUGGUGAAAACUCCAAGCCUAAUUCUUAACCCUAAUUAUUAACUAUGAGUAUUAAUCAUACUUCGACGUUACUCCAGUGUUAUCCGGAUACCAAUCCUUAGGAAGUGAUAGGCAUAGAUGUAAGAAAGGGGUUGACGUCCUUUUAUACAAAGCCAAUACUAUAAAUAUACACCUAUUUACCUGACAAUCCUAUUUUAGUGGAACUUGUAAAGUCAUUAGUUGUGAACUUGCUAUCGGAUGUUGUACAUUUAUACUCGGUGUCAUAUCGCAGCCCAAUCUGCUUAUUUGAUGACUAUUUUAGAGCACAAUUGGCUGUGAAGUACAAAUAACAUGCUUGAUAUUAGGAGGCUUUGAUGCAUCUGAUAUUAGUUGGACUGAGAUGGUCACGGUAGGAUCUAUAAACUUUGAUAGGUUCCUUAUAACGGUAAUGGAGCAUGCAUUAUUACAUGUAUCCGAACCCACACGUUUUGGUCCAAACCAAGGUUCUUCUUUGUUAUACUUGGUAAUUACUCAUCCGACUGAGGAUAUUGUCAAAUAUUCUGCCACCGUUAGUGAAUAGCGAUCACGCUGUUUUUUCAUCUAUGCUUAGAGCUUGUGACAUGAUAUACGAUCCGGUUAAGCCCCGCCCAAAUGUAUGGAGAGCUAACAUAUCAGCCAUUCAGGAGUGCACUUUUAAAACAGAUUGGUCAGUAGAUACUAGCUCAUCAGUUGAAACAUCGUCUAUAUUUAAAGCCCACGUUUACUAAACUUUAAAAGACGGUCAUGCAAUCACAAUUGAUGUAAAUAUCAUUUUUCAGCACAAAACAUCAAUGGCGAUAAGUGAAGAAAAUUUCAGUCGGUUACUUACUCAACAAAUUUCUGAUAUUGAGGCUACUGAACAGGAAAUUAUUAUCUUGGAAAAAUAUAGAUCAGAUUAUGAGUCUGUUAGUAAUAAAAUUCAGGAGUUGCAAAAGUCUGUAUAUAAAGAUGCGUAUAUUCCAUUCAGUCGCAAAGCGCUUGUCCGUGGGCGUUUAAUUCAUACAAAUGAACUAUUAGUGUAUCUCGGUGGAACUGAUGAUUAUUUUGCUGAAUUAUCUGUGUACGAAACAGUUCAGUUGCUCAGUCGUCGUAUUAAACGGUUAGAGAUAAAAUUAGAUGGAUUACGUCAACAAAAAACAUUGUUGAACGAUAGAAUCAGUUACACAAAACAAUUGGUCUCACAAAAGCUAGUUUCUAUACCGAAAGAUCCCGCCAAUUGUACUCGUGACCGAAUUGUAGAAGGUAUUGAGGAUGAUAAAGAAAUUGAAAUUAGAGAAGAGUAUGAUUCUGAUGCUGAGAUAGAAUGGAGGAAAAAACACAUAAAUAGUCGAAAACAGGAACGUAUUUCCAAUGCAUCAAGAUGUUCCCCAGUACUUACUACUCGUCGAGUGUCGUUUGAUUUAGUUGAGCAAGUGCUUGGAGAACAAUAUACUGAUUGUGAAAAUAUUUCUAAUUCCGAAUCUGAUUUUGAUGGUGAAAAAUUUUCGACUAUACACUUUCAACAUUCAGACACACCUUCACCUAUUCCAAGGGAAACAGUAGUCGAUGUUUCCACUCUUACUGUUGCAGAGGCUGUCAAUUUCACCCUCAAGAUUUGUAACACACAUGGUAAAAAUAAAGUGUUCCCAGUAGAACCACUUGGUGAUAUUAGGGAACGACAACCAAAUACCUUAGCAAAAGCUGUCAAUUUUACCUCCGAAAUGUCCAGUACAAAUCAUCAGAACAAAAUGCUUCUAACAAAACCAUUUGGUGAUAUAAAUGAACGACAACCAAAUACCUUAGCAAAAGCUGUCAAUUUUACCUCCGAAAUGUCCAGUACAAAUCAUCAGAACAAAAUGCUUCUAACAAAACCAUUUGGUGAUAUAAAUGAACGACAACCAAAUACCUUAGCAAAAGCUGUCAAUUUUACCUCCGAAAUGUCCAGUACAAAUCAUCAGAACAAAAUGCUUCUAACAAAACCAUUUGGUGAUAUAAAUGAACGGCAACCAAAUACCUUAGAUAAACCAGAUAUUCCUCGACCCAUCAUAACAAAUGAAAGAAAACGAUGUUCACUGUUCCGUUCUUCUCGUAUCAGAGAUUCCAAACCUUCAUAA